ACUUUGCUACAGCCUUCUACUCAACCAUGAACUCCGAAGUCCACCCAAUUCGUAUUCCAUUUUCUACUCGUUUCCCUUCAAACCUUAAGCGAUAUCUUCUCCAACGAAUGAGAGACGAGGAUGAAGAGCAGGCUCUUUUAACCCAUUUGCUUACUGUCCUAGUUCACUAUCUCAAAGACAAAGAGGAAGAGGAAGAGGAGGAGGAGGAGGAGGAGGAGGAUUCUCAAGAACAUGCCGGAGAACAACACCGACUCGCUAACCGGAAGCGGCGAAGAACUCGCCGUCGCGGCACAACUACACGAAGAAGACGAAACGACGGCGUUCCGCUCCAAGCAUACGCUGGGCCCCACUCGCCUUCGUUGACAAGCGACGCGGAGAGGCCAUUUAAACCCGAGAACUCGCUCAUUCCAAGAACAAAACCCGACACGUCGUUUAUCCUCCACCCGAAAAACCCGGAAAUGGAGUCGCCGGAGCAGAUCUUCAUCCUUUCGGGGCAGAGCAACAUGGCGGGUCGGGGCGGCGUGAUCCGUGACCACGGCCACAACCACCACCAGCACUGGGACGGCGUCGUUCCGUCGGAGGCUCAGCCCGACCCUUCGAUCCUCCGCCUCAACGCUCACCUCCACUGGGAGGCGGCGCGUGAGCCUCUCCACGCCGACAUCGACACCAAGAAGGUGUGCGGUUUGGGUCCGGGAAUGUCGUUCGCCAACGCGGUGAGGGGGCGCGUGGAGGGGAAGAUUGGGCUGGUGCCGUGCGCGGUUGGCGGCACGGCGAUCAAGGAGUGGGCGCGUGGGGAGCAUCUGUACGAGAACAUGGUGAAGAGGGCGCGUGAGAGCGUGAAGAACGGGGGAGAGAUCAAAGGGUUGCUGUGGUACCAGGGGGAGAGCGACACGUCGUCUCAGCAUGAUGUUGAUGCGUACCACGAGAACAUGGUUAGGCUCAUUGAGAAUGUGCGCCAUGACCUUGCUUUGCCUUCACUUCCAAUUAUCCAGGUGGCUAUUUGUUCUGGUGAUGAAAAGUUCUUGGAGAAAAUUAGGGAGGUUCAAUUGGGGAUGAAGGUUGAGAAUGUUGUGUGUGUGGAUGCCAAGGGAUUGGAGCUCAAGGAUGAUCAUCUUCACCUGACUACCAAGGCACAAGUUCAGUUGGGUCAGAUGCUUGCUGAUGCAUACCUCAAGCAUUUUGGAUCAGCUAAUUCCCAUCAUCCUGCCCUUUAGAGUAAACUAUGAAAUUUAUUUUGAUAUGUCAAUGCUUGAAGCUUUCGUUAUGUUCGUUGGUAGUAGGAGUGUGAGUCUGUGAUCAUUUGUCAUUUGGUGCUAUGUCAAUGUAGAGGACUUGAGGUUUUUAAUAAUGAUACAUGUUUGAUUUCACGUAUUAA